UGUUUUAAAAUCUCGUAGCCCAGUUUUUGUUGCUCUUUUUCCGAAUUCUCACGUAGUCAAAUGGCGAACGUGACUGCCAGCCUUAAUGUUCUUAGCCUGUUGAUUUGCUUCGUGCUGAAUGCUGUGCAAUCCGAGAAUAAUCUACAGCUUGUGGAUCGAAAACCAACAAUAAAAUGGCAGCUUUAUCCUCGUACACGUGAUUACAUCAUUUCCUAUGUUGGCCGUAAUAGUCGGGCAAUGUCCUACGGUACCAUUCAACCCUAUUUAGAUUCCAGGAAACAUUCAAAAUUACAAACAGGACAUACCGUUACCGUCAUUGCACUUCAUGGACAGCGUAUUCAAAUAUCGUGCUCGGUUGUCAACCUCACAAGCACAGGAAGUUACUUGGAAUUUAGAGAGAAAGAUGGAGCCAUCGCUAAACAGCCUGUCAUCAACCGUGUCUACACAUCAAAAAGCAAUGCAAUGGCCGUCUAUUCUCAAAUCGUCAAAGAUGCUGAUUGGUUUAAUUGCAAGUGGAAGACCACCGAUUCGUACCCCAUCUACAAACUCUGUCGUGACACGGAGGCAAAAACCAUUAAUGGAACCAUCCAGGCGGUGGAUUUAGCAGAAGAAUCGCACAGAUUUUGCACGUUCUCGAUCGUCGUACCUCUUGAUCAACGCGUUCAAUUAUCGUGCUCUGUCGUCAGCCUCGUCAGCGGCUGCGGAUUGAAAUUCCACGAGGAAAGGGGCUGGAUGAACGAGGCCGGCUUGAUUUCUGCCAGACCAAUCAUAGACAGGAAUUAUACUUCAAAAGGAAAUAAAAUGGUCAUACAAGCUGAUAGUUUCAACAACAAACGAUGUCGGUUUGACUGCACCUGGAAGACGACCACAACACCUACAUACCGACUUUGCUUUGAUAAGAGAGCAAAAUCACCCAACGGAACCAUCCAACCAUUAGACGACGUCGGAAUGGAUGGACCCAGAUUUUGUCCAUUUACUAUUACCGCCCGCACUGAUCAGUUAAUACGAAUUUCGUGCUCGGUCGUCAAACUAACAACUGUGCUGAGUUCAUUGAGAUUUUACGACGGGCGGGAUGCCGGAGCCAAUGUUAUUGCUUAUCCGCCAAUUGCCAACAAAGCUUACACUUCAAAAGGUAAUACACUUGUUGUAUUUUCCUGGAAGUUUGAGGACGACUGGUUUGAUUGCGAGUGGGCGACCGUUCCCGCAUCUGGUUAAUUCUACUAUUGGCGUGAAUUGGGACGAUUUU